CCGCAAACCGUACACCCCCACCCAAUCAUAAACAUCCAACUCAGCCUGCCUUACUCAUUUCCACCUUAUCCUCUCUCCUCCACACUCCUCCACACUUCUCCUGUUCUCCACCUAUCUCUCCUCUCCCAAGUCUAAAUCCCAUCGCUCCACCCUUUUCCUUCCAGACCCCCCCCCCCCCCUUCUCUCUCCAAUACAGGGGAAAAAAUGUCACUCACAAUACCCACAAACCUUUCCAACUCCAUCGUAAAACCCAAGUUGAGUUCUCAGUUCACCACAAAACCAAGGCUUGCAAGCAUUGUAUGCUCAGCUUCUCCUAACCAGAACACAUCAACUUCGGAGCAGUCAUCCAAUGCAUCGCCACUCAAGGCAUUCUCAGCUGCUCUAGCACUCUCCUCCAUCCUCCUCUCGGCUCCUGUCCUACCGGCGUCGGCCGACAUAGCGGGCCUGACGCCGUGCAAGGAGUCCAAGCAGUUCGCUAAGCGAGAGAAACAGCAGAUCAAGAAGCUCGAGUCAUCACUGAAAAACUAUGCUCCUGAUAGUGCUCCGGCACUGGCUAUCAAAGCCACCGUGGAAAAGACCAAACGCAGGUUUGAUAACUAUGGGAAACAAGGUUUGCUAUGCGGAUCAGACGGUCUCCCUCACUUGAUUGUGAGUGGGGAUCAAAGACACUGGGGAGAGUUCAUCACCCCAGGAAUUUUAUUCCUCUACAUCGCGGGAUGGAUUGGGUGGGUUGGCAGAAGCUAUCUGAUUGCCAUCAGGGAUGAGAAGAAACCAACACAGAAGGAGAUCAUCAUUGAUGUGCCAUUGGCAUCAAGUCUUCUUUUCAGAGGGUUCAGCUGGCCCGUUGCUGCCUACAGAGAGUUUGUGAAUGGGGAUCUUAUUGACCCCUCUGUCUAAAUCCAUCAUAAGAAAUGGGAUUAAGAGGACUACAGCAAAGGAGACGAAGAGCUUGAAUUGGGAGUUGCUUGUGGGAGGAUUGGUUGAUGGGGAACCUAUUUGUACUUACGUUUGUGAACUUUCGCCUAAUGUAUGUAAUAGCUGCUUUUGUUUGGAAAUUCAACUGUAUUGAAGCCACUUUGCAUUGAUGUGGUUACUCGGUCACAUUCCAUUGCAUUCAAAUACAAUUUUGGGUGCACUAGGUUAGGGGUGCAACUUGGAUAGGUAAUCCCAAUCCAAUUUGUAAAAUUAAAUAGAGAUAUCAAUAUUCGGAUUGGGCUUGAACAAAAAAAUUGAAAUACAAAUUAUAUUUUAUGACAUUCAGGUUGAGGUAUUGGGUUCGGGAAUUGAACCGAAACAUC